AUGUGCAAAAAGUGCACUCCUUCCGCCAGACCUCUAGUACUCUGCAACCUUCCUUCACAGAUAACCGAGGUAAACUGUGACAAAGAGACUGCAGCUGUUCCAGGAAUAACAUUCGACGCCUGCACUUCAGCAAAGGUGGUGGCCAACGUGGAAACAACGUAUGGGUAUGGAUGUACUUUUAAGGUUAGUUAAAAACGAAUAACAAGGUCAACUAAGGGAUAGCAUGCACCUGUUAGUUUAGACUGUUCAAAGUCCUCUAUUUUCCAUAAGAUCGUCGAGAUCAAAAAAUCUACUUGGAGGGCAAGAGGGCGAUUUGGGAGGAAGCCAGAAAUCUUUUUCUCGCCUCCAGCUCCCCCCACAGCUUUAAACGCCGACGCCCGCCUAUCUUAACAUAAGAAACCAAGCUGGCCGCCCAUAAGCAGUCCAUCCUGACGAUGUUACGAAAAAAAUGCUUAGCCCAAGCAGUGGUUGGAAAAUCAUCGAAAAAUGUUACUUAUCUGUAUCUGAAUUACAUUUUUUGUUUUUGUAACAUUUUGACCUGAUCUAGAAAAGUGACAACAAUGCUUGAUAUCCAAGUUUCACUUACUGAUAGUUUUUUAUUCUCCUUUCGUUCUUUUAGAACUCCUCUGAUUCUUCCCUUUUCAACUGUACCACCACGCAAGAACGCGUCUGCUUGGAUGCAGAGAGUAGAUUGUCCUCAUUGCCUUUUAAGGUCACUAUCAUCUCCUGUCGAGCAAAGUGCUGCGAUACAAAUAACUGUAACGUACAGGAACUGAUCGACCUGCCCCCAACAACUGAAGGCCCAACCACUGAAAGCCCGACAACUCAAGGCGCAACCACUGAAAGCCCGACAACUCAAGGCGCAACCACUGAAAGCCCGACAACUCAAGGCCCAACCACUAAAAGCUCAACCCUCGAAAGCCAAACCACUGAAAGUGGCGUGGAACAAAUUCAGUCAGCUGUUCUGACCGUUUAUCCCCUGAUUUUCUUGACCUUGUGGUUUAAACUGCUUGAUUAA